CUUUCAUAUCGUAUCAUUACAGUCAGUCCAGCAAUGGCGACUCCCUCAUCUUCUCUAGGCCUUCCCAACUAAAAAGGUCUCACCUUUUCAUCUGUUCCCAUCAUUAUUUUUCCAUUAUUGUAAGCACCCUUCUCCCCAAACCUCCAUUGCUGUACAAAUCUCAGCUCUGAAGAGAGCUCCCUUCAACUUCCCCCCCUCCCCCACCCCCACCCCCAAGAUCAUUUCCUCCUCCUGUCCUGCCAUUGCAUUUCUUUCUUGUGAACACUCAUGCCCUUUUGACGUCUCUUUGGCAUUUGAUUUCUGCUCAUGGAGGGAUGACCUUCUUGGUGUAUGGGCAAUGAUGGGUCAUGGUCUUGAUCGAGUUCUGGCGAGCUUGUCUCAGAGGUACUGAAGCUCAUUGAACCAUCUUGGAGUAUCUGUUUCACUAUGAGAUCUGCAGCAAAAUUCCGGUAUUCUUAUGAUGUGGAAGAAGAUUGGAUGGGGCCUAGAAAGAAGCACCUUGUAGUCGAGGAGGCAUCAAUGAAGAAACUGAUCAAUGAUGAGAUGUCAAGAAAGGCCAACAGCCGACAGAAUGGGCCAAGCAUUGUGGCCCGGCUGAUGGGAAUGGACAUGCUGCCCUUGGACACCAAAUCAACCGUUUAUCCCAUGAAGAAACGAGAAGAACCUGCAAGGACUAAAUCUUCCAACUUUGAGAAGGCUCUCAGGGGCCCAGUCAAUCGUAGCUACUCAAACUCGAAUUCUAUCGAGCAAGAACCUGUUUAUGACCGUACAAGCAUGAAACCAAAGCGCCGAGAGCAUCCACAAGAGGAGGAGCUGCAGAAGUUCAAGAAAGAUUUUGAAGCAUGGCAAGCUGCAAGAUUUAAGGAAUGCUCGAGAUAUGCAGAAAUUGAAGAUACUUCCACAUUGGCCAUUAAGGAAAACUCCAUAGAACCAAAAAGUCAAUUGGUUAAAGUAAAAUCAGCCGAGAGAAGUUAUUCACGUAAAUAUGGAGGAAAAUCGGAAAUCUACGCUCCUGAGCAGAAGGAAAUCAGUUCAUUGCCUUGUAGGACUAGAUAUCGAGAAAAUGAACAGGUACCAACUACAAUUGUGGUCCUGAAGCCUGGGCCUGACAAGAUUUGGAGUAGCGAGGACUCAUGGACGAGCUUCUCAGGAAGUUCUGAGGAGAGGGGAAGCAUCGAAGAUUUCCUUGAGGAGGUUAGGGAGAGGCUGAAACACGAGCUCCAAGGCAAGAUCCAUCAAAAGGGCCCCAUUGUCCCCGGAAGCAGAAUCACUGGUCCCAUAAGUGAGAAGUCACCAGAUCCACAGAAGAUUGCGAAACAGAUAUCCAAUCAGGUCAGGGAGAGUGUGACCAGGGACUUGGAUUCAAGACCCAGUUUGGUCCGAUCGGAAUCUACAAGGUCACACAGGAGCGAUACUCAGCUGAAUGAGAUGAGUUCCCCGGAGUUCAUAAACCGAGACACGAGAAGGUUCCUAGCAGAGAGAUUGAAAAAUGUUCUGAAGAGGGAAUCAGACAUAAAUAUUCCAGUUGGAGUCAGUGGUAACUUCUCCCGACCGGGUUUGUUGGAUGAGAAAAGUGUUAUCCUGAGACAGGAGGAAAUUGUUGAAGAAGAAGAAGGAGAAGGAGAAGGAGAAGGAGAAGGAGAAGGAGCAGGAGGAGGAGGAGGAGAAUUGCAUACUAGAUCUUUCCGGGAUGAAUCAUUGUCCCCAAAGAAGCUUAUGCGGUCCCUUUCAGCCCCGGUGUCUGGGACUUCCUUUGGGAAGCUCCUCCUCGAGGACCGCCAUGUCAUCACCGGUGCCCACAUCAGGAGAAAGCACGAGCACUCGAUUGAGAGCCUAUUUGCAGGCACAAAGAAGGGGAAGAAGGAGAAGGAGAGGUUCAGUCUCAGGGAAAAAGUACACAACUUCCGAAGCACUUUCACUUUGAGAGGGAGGCUGUUCAGAAAGAGAAUGCCAUCGAUAGCUGAUUUACGUACUUGUGAGCCAAGCUUCAUGAAAGAUAUCAUGAACGGACCGACUGUUAUUCUAAACACUGGAGAAAGAUAUGAGAAUUCAACGGAAGUGCCUCCUAGUCCUGCAUCUGUGAGUAGUAGUAGUCCUCUGGAAGAGUUCUGGAGACCGAGCAAUGAUCUGAGCCCUGUAUUGUCCCCUGAAAAACCUGAGGGAGAUAAUGCCGAUGGCCCUCAUGUUUUUGGAGAGACCUCUUCGACUCACAAUGAACUACAGAGGCAACUUACUGAACCCAAUUCCGAGAGGGCUGCAGAAGGUAUAAGAGAACACAAGCCUGGUGGAUGUAAGCUGCCCGAGCUAGAGGAUGGCACUGCUGCCUAUGUGAGAACUCUCCUUGUAGCUUCAGGCAUGUAUGAUGGGCUGUCCAGUUCCUGUUUGUUGAGAUCAGACCCUCUCGUGAAGCCUAUAACCACCUCUGUCUACGAAGAAGUCGAAGAGUCAUACAAGCAACAGGACAAGGAGGAGGAUGGUCAUGGUUCAACAAUGGACGACAAUAAAAAGGGAGUCGAAAUUGACCACAGGCUAUUGUAUGAUUUAUUGAAUGAAGCACUCUCGAAUAUGCUCAGACCACCCGUGAUCUCCUCGAGAUACAGGAAUAAGAUUUCAGCUACUCGUGAUCUGCAACAUCCUUGUGGGCCAAGACUGAUGGAUGCUGUUUGGGGAUUCAUUCGUUCAUUUGUGUACCCUCCUGUAGAUGUCUCGUCGCACUCCUCUCUCGAUUCCAUGGUGUCACGGGACCUUGGUCCCGCCCCUUGGUUGUGGCUACUGGACGAGCAAGUCAAUGCCAUUGGGGCAGAUAUAGAAGGUUCGAUCCUUGGGGACUUGAUUGGGGAAAUUGUGAGGGAUGUCAAGUUAAGAUGACCGAUUCAACUGUCCCAGUCGCCCGAUUACUAGUCAUUCUUAGAGCAUGGAUGACGCAACGCUCUGAACCGAUCACUAUACGACAAGGUCCAGUGAGGACUAGUUUGAGACCCCCUGUUGUGAUAAAUGUGAGAUUAGCGGAAUCAAAUUAUCAAAACUGAGUUAUAGUCGAGUUUGUGGAUAUUUAAGAAUAGCCUUUAGUUUGCUUGGUAGUAUAGGGCUUGAAUGCGUUGCUAAUGAAGGGGUUUGCUUGUGGAUUUUGUAUAUAGUAAUACUUGAAGAAUUCAUAUUGUACAUACGGUUUACAUGAAUAUUAUUUUCA